CAGUAUGUUCUGUAGCAAUUAGCAUUAACCAAGGGCGAAGAAAACCUAUUCGCAGUUUUCAGCCGACUUUUUUCUCUGCGUAGUUACGCCACAAGAAGGGCUUGAUCGAUCAAUAUAACCCUCCGAUCAAGCUUCCAUGGGAACGCCGGAGACUUCUCGGGAGCCUUGUCCAGAUCGGAUCCUCGAUGACAUCGGUGGCGCCUUUGGUAUGGGCGCCGUUGGUGGCUCGGCCUUCCACUUUCUCAAAGGCGUCUACAGUUCUCCUAAAGGAUCUCGCCUCCUCGGCGGUUCUCAAGCCGUCCAAAUGAACGCACCUCGUAUUGGUGGUAGCUUUGCCGUAUGGGGCGGCUUGUUCUCCACAUUUGAUUGCUCCAUGGUUUACCUCCGCCAGAAGGAAGAUCCGUGGAACUCGAUCAUAGCCGGUGCCGCUACUGGCGGUUUCCUCCAGAUGCGUCAGGGUGUCGGCGCCUCCGCUCGAUCAGCUGUGUUCGGCGGUGUUCUGUUGGCUCUGAUCGAGGGGGCCGGGAUCAUGCUGAAUAAGGUUCUUAGUCAACCGCAGAACGCUCCUAUUAUGAUCGACGAUGCCGGUGCUAUGGGCGGUGUUCCUGGUUAUCCUAUGGAACAGAUUCCGGGUCUAACGCCGCCGCAGACUCUUCCUCAGGAGGCUGCGGGUGGGGGCUCGGGAUCGUGGUUCGGAGGAUGGUUCAAUGGCGGACAGAAAAAGGAUUCAGAAGCAACUCGUGGAGAGAGCGAAACGAAGAUUUUGGAGAGCUUUGAUUCGCCGCCGGUGCCGAAUUUCGAAUACAAGUAAAUAUUCCUUUUUCUUUUUCUAAGAUUUGGUUUCUUAGGGGAAGUGCAUUAGAAUUGAAAUUCUAUAUUCACCGCGAAUUGAAAUUGAAAUUGAAAUUGCAGUGGCAAAUGUUUUUUCAUUGUUUUUUGUUCUGGAACAGUUAGUGAGUCUGUAACGAUGACAUUGUAGAACAAUAUUCUAUCAAUUUGAACACCAUUUACCAAGUUAACUUGGGAAAUGGCAAGGAAUUCUGAA